CCGUGACAGGCCUUUGCGCAUGUGCGGAGUGAAACAGAGAGAAGGUCAAGAUGGCGGCGGCCGGGGCGAGGGUCCUGGGAGUCCGAUGGCUGCAAAGGGCAGCCCGGAACGUGGUACCGCUGGGUGCACGGACAGCCUCCCACAUUACCAAGGACAUGCUUCCGGGGUCCUAUCCCAAGACCCCAGAAGAAUUGGCUGCCGCCGCCAAGAAGUAUAAUAUGCGGGUGGAAGACUACCAGCCGUACCCAGAUGAUGGCAUGGGGUAUGGCGACUACCCAAAGCUCCCUGACCGCUCACAGCACGAGAGGGAUCCAUGGUAUGAGUGGGACCACCCAGACCUGAGAUUGAACUGGGGUGAACCGAUUCACUGGGACCUAGAUAUGUAUAUCAGGAACCGUGUGGACACGUCCCCCACGCCUAUUUCUUGGAAUGUCAUGUGUAAGCACCUCUUCGGCUUCGUGGCCUUCAUGCUGUUCAUGUUUUGGGUGGGGGAGACGUAUCCCUCCUACCAGCCCGUGGGGCCAAAGCAGUAUCCUUAUAAUAAUCUGUACCUGGAACGAGGCGGCGAUCCCACCAAAGAGCCUGAGACUGUGGUUCACUAUGAAAUCUGAGGAGGCUUCAUGGGCUUUUUGCCCCCUAGUUGACUCCCUCAUUCCUAGUUUAACCUUAAUGAAAUCUCUAAUAAAACAGUGCGUGGUAUCUGUGCCUCA